AUGCUGACCACUUUGAUUCUUUCUGCCCUGGCCUGGAGCCACUUGACGCAAGCCCACGGAACAAUCACCAGAGUGAUAGGUGCCAAUGGUGUAGUUAUGCCAGGACUCACUAUCCUUGACGGAACUCCUCGAUCUUCUACCUCUGCUGCUUCCGGCGCGCAGGUAGAUACCAGCGUGAUCCGUGACCCUGAACUCGCCACCAGUAAAGCCUCCGCUCUUGGUCGGACUAGCAAAGGUCCAGUCGACGGCGCUCGCGUCAUCAAGACGUUCAUGCAUGGCCUCAAGGGCCGGUCCCUUGCUAAUACUAUUCUCGGGGGUGGAGAAGAAGCUACGAGAGAAGUCGUAUCUUUCGUGACCGGCAACGCUGGUGCAGUUGUGAAUGGCGUGCAAGACGGAAUCGAAAGCUCCCCAGUGGGUGACUUGGCUCUGGGAGCUGAGCACACAGUCAAUGGUCUUCUGGAUGAUUUCUUCCAAACCGCAAAGGGAGUUCCAUCUCCUCGAGGAUACAUCGAAGACGGCGUCAAGAAGUCUGCCGGAGCUGGUGCCAAAACUGGGCUGCCAACCACAGCAUCCGACGGAACUCUAAAGUUGAUCUAUCAUCAGGUCAAUGAGGACGGCGCUGGCCCCCUGUUGGUAGACAUCGACUUCACCUCAGGAGGGACCGAUCCAGCAGCUUUCAAGUCCGCUGAGGUGGUUCAGAACAUCGUCGGCGUACUGGGCUUUUCGACCGUGAGCUCAACUGACUUCCCGGUUGUUGUCAAAGUACCUGUUGGUCAGGUUUGUUCUGGUGUAUGCAUUGCAAGGGUGCGAAACAGUGCUACUGCUGGGCCUUUUGGCGGCGCAGCUGCCUUCACUCAUCAUCCGGAGGUUGCCAAGGGGAAGAAAUCCAGCGCAAAGUUCCGUCACCGCCAUGUCUGA